UCUACGGCGCACCGCUGCGCUCAACCCUCCUGCAACAAAAGCUCAAGACGCGCUCAUCUGCGCUGUCAGUGUGCGCCCGGAUCACAGCACAACUUAACCCUCUACACGACCAGACCAGCAACCCCUGACUGGAAUCAGACUGACACCCAAACACGCCCGAGUCUUACAGACAGCGCGUUUAUCUGGGUUUGGAUGAAUCGCGGUAUCAUUUUUUAAUCUCGAGUCCAGCGCGCGGAGCAGGAAUGUCCCGGAGGAAGCAGAGCAACCCCAAGCAAUUCAAACGGGUGUUUGACAAUGGGCUUGAGACGGACUCUGAGGAGACAGAGAAGAAAGAGAUCUUGAAAGAAGAAGAAGACGGGUCUGUGGAGGAUGACUCGCUUUACUACUCUGACCCAGAGAACACCGUCUCUAAAGAUGGAGAUCACUCGAGGAAUGGUGAAAUGGGUGGAAGUUUAAAGGUGGAGCAACAAGACAGUGACGGACAAGAAGAGAGAGUCCAACCAAGCCCGUUGACAACAGAGGAAUGGGACGGCCCAAGGGAGCUGAAAAUGGUUGGUGAAGGAGGAGAGAGAAGGAUUUGUUCUUGUCAGGCACUUCUGCUGGGCACCACGUGGGGACCUUUCCCUGGGAAGAUUGAGGCGGCCACAGGAGGAAGUGACAAGGUUUCGCUGGGGCUGAAUGGAGGUCCUCGCUGGCUGAUGGACAUGAUGUGGGUCAGUGCAGAGGACGGAAAGAGCAACUGUGCCGUGUACAGCAAAGGAGGACAUGUGUGGUGUUCCACAACUAAAAACAUCAUGGAAGGAGACGAACUUGCAGCCUGUGUGGUGGAUUUGCACUCGCAUCUUCAAACACCAGCCCAAACUCCCUACGGUCAAGGGAUGUACCCGGCCCGACAGCUGGACGGCAUUCGACUCCUUCCUCAGCAAGCAGCCAUGGCUUCCAUACUGCCCGGCGCUAUCAUCAACAAAGACAUCUUCCUCUGCAAGGCUUGUGGCAUCUGGUUUCGGAGUGAAAGAAACCUCCAGGCCCACCUUAUGUAUUACUGCAGUGGGCGACAAAGGGACCCUGAGAUGGUGGCAGAGAAAAACACCAAUAUCAGCCAUCAAAUGCUCCGCAAUUGCACUUACCCCCAAUGCAAUAUGAGCUUUGCAGGCUCGCAUGCCUUGGAAAUGCACUUAUCCACACAUAACAGUCUCAAGUUAGAUGAGAUAACCACUGGAAGCAACUUGAAAUGCACAAUUUGUGACUACACUGCAGAAACCCUUAUGGUACUCCAGCACCACAUCCUCUCCCAUCUGUCCCAAACUGGCCUGAGAUGUGGUCACUGCCAUUUCACAUUCCAAACCCCCAGAGAACUGGUCAAACACCAGGAGCUACAUGGACAUAGCUGUACGGUCAACAAACUCAAAGAAGACAAAGCUGAUAACUCUCCUAGCAGCAUUGCAGGCAGCCCUCAACAAGUCAGAGCUAAUGCAAACACGAAAGACCUUCAGGAAAGCACAGUACAACGUGAUAUAAAUCAAAUGUCAAAGCUGGAAAGCACGGAAAGUAGCCAGACAUCCACUAAGGGUGAGGGAAACUCAGGAAACAAGGCUAGUGUUUCAUACUCCAGAGUAAAGUCAGAACCUUCCAGUCCCCGUUUAGCCUCUUCACCCAUUCAACACCACCUGCCUCCUGCAUUUCCCUUACCCCCCUUCAUACCACAUGUCCCGUUCUCACAGGAUAUUACGGUGGGCCCGCAAGCAUCUGAGAUACUGGCCAAAAUGUCAGAGUUGGUCCAUCGCAGGUUACGUCACGGGGGAAAUUCUUACCCUCCAGUCAUGUACAGCACACUUGUGCCAAAAGGGGCAACAUGCUUUGAAUGCAAUAUCACCUUCAAUAACCUUAAUAAUUAUUUGGUGCACAAGAAGCACUACUGCAACAGUCGAUGGGAAAACACACUCAAGCCACAUGACUUUCCUGGACUUCUGGAUAAACCAGCAGGCACUGUAAGCCCGAAAAUCGGAGCUAGUUUAGCUGUUAUGCUAAAUGCCGGCCAUCCCUCUGAAGUGAAAGGGCAUGAGCCUAACCCUUGCAAUCCCAUUGCAGGUGGAAAAGUGACAGAUGAACUGUCGGUGCAAGUUAAAAAAGCGUCAACUCCAUCUGGUGCACAGGAGAGACCAAAUGGUACACAGCUGGAUUUACAAAACCAGAAAAUGCCACCCACCGAAACGGACCCCAACCACACAACAUGCGACGCCUGCAAGAUCACCUUUAGUCGACAUGAGACCUACAUGGUGCACAAGCAGUAUUACUGUGCCACUCGGCAUGAUCCUCAAAUGAAACGCGCAAACAAUAAAGGAGCAGCCAAUCAGAAGACAGUACGUCCUCGUAAAAGAAGAAAGGCAUAUGAGCUGGCCACUCCUGAACAAGAACAAAUGCCUCCUAUGGGUAUGCCAUCAUUUCUUGGUAUGCCCACUAUAGGAGGUCCAUACAUGUCAAAGGACACACUGGAUAGCUUCAGGGACCAUCAGAGAUACAACAUGAUCCAGGGGUUAGUACCCAAAUAUCCAGAGGCUUCAUUGACAGUUUCAAAAUCAGCUCUUGUGUCAAAAUGUAAUACAAUCCUCAAGGAAGAAGGUGAUGCACCUAUAGAUCUCAGUAAAAAAUGCAUGCCACAGUUUGGCAACACUUCGGUUUCCUCUAAAGGACUUAUGGAUUAUCAUGAGUGUGUUGUGUGCAAGAUAAGCUUCAACAAAGUUGAGGACUAUCUCAAGCACAAACAGAACUUCUGCCCAGGUACUAUUUUGCAAAACACUUCAUCUGAGAACAAAAGCAUCAAAAAGGAAGGUCCUAGAAAUACUAGCACUCUUUUAGACAGUGCCCUCUUUGAGCUCCCAGCUCUGCAUGGAAAGAUUGAGCAUCCAAAUGCAACUUCUGACAUCCAAGCUUCCAGUGAGGAACAACAAAUCCCAAUAAAAGUUGACAUGAGGAGUGUGUUUCAGCCCUCUGGUGGUUACCCAAGUCCUGCUAAGAAAAUGAGACCCGAUGAGCAAAUCUGGCCUUACUAUGAAAUCAAAGCCACUGAUUACGCUACAGGGAUGCUGGUCUCACAAAGCGAACGGAGGCAGAGUCCAAAUGAGGGCAGUGAGGGGGAAAAAGACCAGCCGAUGCCUGAUGGUAGCCAUCUUAGCACAGAUGACUCUGAGAAUCAGAGCAAGUCUUCAUCCUUAAAGGACAAUCUUGACCUUGAGGACAAGAUGAAAGAUGCUGGAAAUAAACAACAUGGCUCCCCUACACCGGAGAGCCAUGCAGACAGUCCCGUCAACUGUAAGGAAAGCACAAUGCUGGUGCCAUCUUUAAAGACUGAGGAAGUCUCAACAAGCUUCAAAAGAGUGUUGAAUGGGUCCAUUGCCACCACAAGUAACAUAAAGUACUGCCGUCCAUGUGACAUCCAGUUCAACAACCUCUCAAACUUUAUAACACACAAGAAGUUCUACUGCUCAUCACACACAGCAGAGCAUGUGAAAUAGUGGACCUGCACCCUAUCUUAAAUCUAGUCCACAGCAGUAUAAAAGUUAGAGCUGUUAACCAGCAUCACAUCUUGAAUUCACAUGGCCCGGGACAUUAUAAAGGCGUGCCCAAGCCCCUAAACAUGUAAUAAAUGUAAA